UUCGGAUACGCACUCACACCCCCGGCUGACCCGUUCAAUUCAUCUGUGCGAUGUAUGGAUCCGAUGUUGGGAAUGCUUCAGUCAGAUAAUUUGCAAAAGGAUGAUCAAUCAACGACUACAGUAGCCAAAAACGGUGCGACUAAACAGGAUGAUAGUGAUCUUGCGGGCGAGGCAGAAGACGAUGAUAUGGUUGAUGAGGAUGACGAAGAAGGCAGCGUUGGAGGUGGAAAGAAAAAACGACGAAAGAGACGUGUGCUAUUCACGAAAGCACAAACCUAUGAACUAGAGCGACGAUUCCGCACCCAGCGAUAUCUAUCAGCACCAGAGCGUGAGCAGCUAGCCAUGCAAAUUCGUUUGACACCGACUCAAGUGAAGAUAUGGUUUCAAAAUCAUCGAGAGCAAUUCUAUGACAACUCCAGUGAUCGAAUGUCCCAGGGGAAUACUUUGAGUAAACGAAAACACGGCUACCUUCACAAUUCGGUAGUGCUUGCGCAUUUUGGAGUUCUGCUGUGA